CUGCUCAGUAACAGACUUGCAAGUUGCCCGCCUGGCCAAAAAAAAAACCUUCGAAAACAGACUUCGGGGGAAACUAUGGAGCGGGACCUUCAGAUGCAAAAUGGACACGAUCCGACGGAGUCCCAGCAGCCCCUGGGAAUGGCUGGUUCCCACCCAGGUGUCUGGGCGGUGCCUAUCCUGGGCUAUACUCUGGGUCUGCCUAUAAGAGGAUGUCCGAGAGCCCAGCCGUUCUGGUCCUCCGUCAGUCCCUGCAGAAGUGCUUCCACACCGUACAGCAGCAGCAAGAGGUUUGGCAGCAGGCGCUGACGGAUUGCAAGCCUCUUCUGAGCUCCCUCAGCAAUCUGGCUGAGCAGAUGCAGGCCUGCCAAAAGGUCACGUUUGCUCAUACACCACUGCGGAGUUUCCCAGAUCUGGAAGAGCAGCUGAAGUACAAACAGCGCUGUGCAGCUGAGAUCCUGCUGGAAGAACUGGGAGGCAAAGUAGCUGACUUACAGAAAGUGCGGGAUGCAGUUAGUGGUUACGUGGGCACUGUUUUCCAACUCUAUGAGCAGAAUGCGGAUGUGCUAGGAUUUCAAGCUUCUGUGCAGCGUUCUGCUCUUAACCCCUCGCUGGCUGACAUGUUGGAAUGGCUGCAUGAUAUUGAGAGAUAUUACCGACAUGUAUACCUGGAGAUUAAACUCCUCCUCCUCCAAAUCAGAUAUGAGAACUUGCCAGACAUGCAAACCUUGCCGCAGUCCUGGGACAGGAUUUUGGAGCACAACAGCCGAAACAUAGUUCAAGACACUCUUCUAAAGGUCUCCUUUUCGGAGACUCUGUGAGGGGCUCUAUUACUAACCAGCUUGCAGAGAGAAGACAGAGGAUCUGUGUAAAAUGAUUUGUUUUGGGUGUGUAGGAUGACACCUUGUUCCGGAUCGCCAUAAAGAAGCUGGAUUAGCCCAGUGGAGGGUAUUUCCCUUGCUCUAUGCUAUGAGCUACGUGGUCUGUUAAAAGUGGAACAAGCCUGGUAGUGAAUGAGAGUGAUCCUGCUGCUUCCUUGGCUUAUGAAAGUGGACUUGAUGUAGCAGCUGAAACAGUGUCUGGGCUCAAUAAAUCGAAGACAAGGAGGAACAUGACAGAUGUGGGCUUUCUUUUUUUUAACUCUGGGAGAGCUGACAGCAGUAGCAGCACUUAUGGAUUUUUUGUAUGCUAAA